UCUCCCGCGAAGCGACCAACCGGAGACAGAGAUAAGAGAGAGACGCGGAGCAGCCGCGUGAGAAACAGAGAGGAGGAGGAGAGCAGCAGCGGGAGCCCAACCCGCCGGCAAGAUGAUGUGGAGCUCGGACUCCGACCGCGACGAGCCCGUCGCCACCGCCACCACCUCCUGCCCCUCCUCGCCCGCCGCGCAGCAGCAGCCGCCCUCGACGCCGCCGCAACCGCCCCGCCGGCGUCGCCACCAGCGCGCCCGGCGCCGGGCCAACCGCCGCGCCAGGAACACGGUGGAGGAGCAGGAGCAGGAUCUGCCGGCGGAGGUGGAGGCGGAGGCGGAGGACGUGUGGCGCGGGCUUCAGCUGCAGCGGCAGCAGCGGGAGGCGUCGCCGUGGCCGCGGCGGGCGUCGCGGCCCGUCGUGGUGGCCGGCGAGGCUGAGGGCGGCUCCCCCGACGCGGCCCUCUCAAGGGAGGGGAGCGGCGUGGGGAGGGCGCGGAGCCUCACCGACGACGACCUGGAGGAGCUCAAGGGGUGCGUGGAUCUGGGCUUCGGCUUCAGCUACCACGAGAUCCCCGAGCUCUGCGGCACGCUGCCGGCGCUGGAGCUCUGCUACUCCAUGAGCCAGCGCUUCCUCGACGAGCACCAGCAGCUGGGGAAGCCCGAGGAGGCGCCGGCGCCGGCGCUCGCUCCGGCCUCGCCGGCGCAGCCCGUCGCCACCAACUGGAAGAUCUCCAGCCCUGGGGACAGCCCGGACGAGGUGAAAGCGAGGCUCAAGUACUGGGCGCAGGCGGUGGCGUGCACCGUGAGGCUCUGCAGCUGAUCAAUGGCGCCACCACGACGAAUCACUCGAAACAAACACCGGAAAGAACAACGAAGAACUGAAUAAGGCAAUGAACUCGUUCAACUGAAUACAUGGCAUCUGCUGAAAUUACAUGAAUCGCAACACCAGGAUGAUCGAUAUCAUCAACAAACACAAAGAGCAUGAUGUGCUACCAAUCAAAUGGCCUGCAGAUAUCAUCGAAACUCCACCGCCAUGACGACAAUUCAUCAGAAGCACACAAGUUGGCAAAUCAAAAAUAUUGCCGUCAGAAAUUUUGCCAAAUUACGCUGGGAAAGGAGGAGGGUCAGGUCCCCAUACCCCCAGCCAUUCUCUGACGUUGUACUCACAUGGAUCCUUGAUUCUCGCCAUAAUUUUUGCCCUUGUAAAACACUACCUGUAAAAUAGUAUAUUCAUGAACCUCGAUUCAGACAGAAAAAAAUAAUCGCAUCAUCCCAGGCCGAGCAGUGCCGUCUUUGAUUUUGUCUC